CAAAUUACACUAGGGAUAACUCCGUAGUUGCUGGGAUGUCCUGUGCGUCACGCUUAUAUCAGUACGCUUUUUACAACCUAAGCAUUACGGAACUUCUAUAAGAUCAAAUAAACCUCACGUAUCAAAACAGCUAUUCAUUUUUAUCUUGACUAAAUUCGACACGCAUUGACCCCAUACAAAAACGAAUCUCUUGUUUAAUAAUGAAGGUUCUGUGGAAAGAUUUUGGGCGGAGUAAACCCUCUCGCUUCGCCUCUUUGUCUUUGACUCAACUAAUCAACUUGCAUACUCCAAACCGACAGGCGGCAGCGUUACAUUGCAUUUGGAAGUUUACCCGCCAACGAAACGAAGUAAGUUGUAUUUUCCACCUCGCUGCCGCGGAUGCGUUCCAAAAUUCAGCCUAUAAGGUUAUGAAAUUUGAAUAAAGCUACGUAGCAAUAUUAUAGCUAAGUUACAAAUGUCAGAAUUGUAGAUGAGCGAUGGCAGUAAUAUGAACGUGGACAGCAGUGACUCGCCGGUGUAAGACACUCCAGAGAGACCCUAUUCUACAUGAAUCAUCACAUCGAGGACAGGUCAAGAUGCAAAAGCGGAACUAUAUGAAAGGGGAAAGGGAGCUUGGUGAUGGUGGACCCCCUUUUUGCUUUAGUUGUGAAAGGAUCUUUCCAGACCAAACGUCAUUUCAUGAUCACUUUUGUCCUGCGGCUGGUUACAUCUGCUCCUGUGGAACAGAGUUCUCCAUGUAUGUUGAUAUGAUGGACCACAGUGGGUUACAUGAACCAGGCCACACUGUAAUUAAUUAUAGCACCAUAGAAAAGGAACAAUAUCAGAGGGAGAGUGAGUACAAGGAGCAGCUUUCGAGGCUGGUAUUGACGGCGGGGCAGGGAAGCUGGGCUGUGCCUGGACCGACUCCGAUGCUAUCGGCCCCUAUUCCACGAGCCACAAAGCCUCCACCUGGUCCAAGUGCCCCAACAACGGACCUCUGGCACCAAUUCCAGCCAGUGGUGUUGGUGGAGACCCUGCGCAAGUUUGGAAGGACAAAGCCCUACAGGUGUGCCUACUGUGAACUGGGCUUUGCAGCAAAAGACUUACUCGUAAGGCAUCACAACACUCAUGCAAGAAAUAAAGUCCAUGGCUGCCUGCGGUGCGGGGUUCUCCUGCUCAGUAACAACAAGUCACCACAGCCUGGCCACCACCAGUGUGGAUCAUAUCGGGCAACUCCUGAAACCAGAUUCACCACUGCCACAGUGCUGAGUAACAGGAAACAGCCCGCGGGGUAUGCUAAGAAGGUUGUCCAGCGUCAGCAAUGUCCUGACUCGUUCAGUGGGGAGCUGCAGCUAGGGAUGCAUAUGGUCUCACAGCAUCCCAUUCCAGGGAAUUCUGGAACAAAAUACUUAAAGUGUAGAGUGUGUCAGGAGCCCUUCCAAACUGUCAAGCUGCUUGAGAGGCACCGUUGCACAAUGGCGGCAUCUUUUUUUGCACAGGAAGUGUGUCUGACGUCUGGCAAACAGCUCAAUGGUCACAGAAAAGGGAAGGACGGGACCAGCCCAUACUCCUUGCCUCAAAGCAAUGGUGACAAGGAGCUGGCGUUCAACAUUCAAACUUCAACGAAUGUAACUGUAUACGACCACAAAGCAGUAGGCCCGGAUAGGGGCACCGGGUUGUCUGCCGUUUCUGUAAAAACUGAGGUUUCGGAUGAUGAUUGUUUUGUGAUUGAGGAUGCGUUUUCGUGCUAGUCGGAACUGGGAAACUCAGAAAUUUCCGACUUGCUAACUGGUUGAACACAACGUGUAUGAAAACCAGUUAGUAAGUCGAAAAUUUCCGUGUUUCCUACUUCCGACUAGCACGUGAAUAUGGCAUAAAAGCUCCUUCACCAAACCAAGUCAGCUGUUAUACCAACAAUUAACCUCUUCCCUCCCAGUACUACAGACAUGAACAGUGCAAAAAGCAUUCCCAAUGUGAACCCUCGAACAUAAACAUCUUCUCUGGGUUAUGUGUAUGGUCCCUUUUUGUAAGGUACUGGCUUAACUCUUAUCUAAGUACUCAAUAUCCAACUAAUCUGUCAGUAGUCUAGAUUUUAUUUUUACUCUUUUUCACUUGUGUGUUUGUCAAAUGACAUUGAAAAUGUUACAUAUGCAGUAUCAAAUCAGUCUGUAUGGUUCAGAUAACCACAAACAUUGUAUGAUAGUUUGUCUUUUGAAAAUGAGUUUUUUUACAGUAGCUUUACUGAAAAUGUGGUUAAAGCAGCAUUGGCCAUAUCACAAGAACAUGUUGGUUCUUUCUAGCCAUUUCUGUGGUCUUGGAAUAAAAUAUUGUUUUGUUUCUGCUCUCUCCCUUUCUUUUGUAGCAACUAUGGUGUAAUAAUCUGUGUUUUCCGUAUUUCAGGGACCAAAGCAAUAGCAGCAGCCAUAAGUGAUAGCUGGAAACGGCUAUACGGACACUCCUGACCUGCAAAACAUUUAUUUUUCUUCAGAAUUACUUAAAUUAGGUUACAGUUAGAGGUAGGUUUAAGGUAAGAGACCGUUUUAGAUUUUGGUUAGUUGUUUUACAAGUCAGGGUCUGUUAAAGCCUCUGCCAAGAGAGCAUGAUGGAUAUGCAGAUAAAGAAUUCACUGAUUGCUUGGGAUAGCUCUCUGACAUAGUUUGUCACUUGUGAAUGCACAUAGCAUACAAAAAUAUAGGUUAGUCGUCGUAGAAUAUUUUUUCCAUCGUGAAAAUUUUAUUAUCACUGCACAACGUUUUUGGGUUAACUUUUUUUUUUUUUUUGCCGGUUGUCCGUUUUUGAUGAGGUAGGCAGGCAUCGCGACACCAUUUCCGGCCUACCGGAUGUUGAGUGAGGAGAAAAAAACAAUUGAAUCACGAAUAAAAUAAGCUAACAUUUAAAAUUAUGGCACACACCACUGUAUCUGAACGUUGGCGAAAACGUACAUGUUAUGUGCAAUGCAUUAUUUAUAAAUAUUGAUAUUUGUCGGGUUUGGACUACAAAACGGUAUGUUGACAUUAGCUAGCUAGCUUUCAUCAUGUCGACAGCUAUCUGGUGGUUCGAGGACAAGUUUGCACUAACAUUUUGGGGUACCUGGGCACAGUAGUGGGGGUUACCUGGCUAGUUUGUGGUGGAAGAGGAGACGCGUGGUUUGAACAAAAGCUGGAUGAUCGUUCUUGCCUGGGCUGUUAUAGGAGGAUCUACGUUGAACAUUUAUAUUUUCCUCAUCAGUCCCGCCAGAGAGCCUGCCUAAAAAUAAAGACACUAUCUGAAGAGAAGAUCAGCAAGGAGGUAGACAACUGCCAUAACAUGCCACCUAUGAAGGAGCCCUUACAAAGACCCCAACUACAGAGAGAAAGUAGAAGCCAACAGAACAAAGUGGUAGCUGAACCCUCUGACACACGGUCACUACCAGGUACCCCUGUUUCGGUUGUCCAUCCUGAUUCCGGAAAGGUAAGCUCUGGUGACAUUAAUCACAGAAGAAAGCUCACAAAGACCCAGACAAAGAUGGAGAAAAUGCAUGUUAAUUCACCUGCCACUGGUCAUGCUAGAACUCAAUGUGAAAGUGCCAAUCCUGAAGUGCAUUUAUCACUUACUGGGAGUGAGCAAACAUUGAACUGUAUCACAAAAGAGCUGGUGGGUGUAACAAGGCCAGCAGCGGUAGACGUUGUUAGGAAACGUGGUCGCCCUCACAAGAUGGCAAAGAUGCUGCAUACUGUGCAACAAACAGAGGAGAGUUCUUCUCAUCUGAUCACUGCAGAAUCAAAGGAUUGGAGUGAAACAAUGUCUGACAGAGCGAAUGCUAUUUCUUUUACUACAAACUAUGUAGAAAACAGGGAUGACACGUCUCUCAGAGCUAUUGAAACAAAAGCAUUACCUCUAAACUGUGAACCAAGCAAUACAGCGGUGUCUGUUCUUGACUCGUCCCCCCAAGACCAUCAACCAGCUGAAUCCAGCCCUGUGGCUAUCUCACCCUUGGAACCAAAAAGGAAAAGGGGACGACCAAAGGGGUCGACCAAGAAACGACCAGAAAGAACCAUGAACACUAUUUCAGUGCAACAAUCCCAUUUAACAGAAGAAAAAAAUGUAAUUAAAAAGGAACCUGAUGAGAUGCUAUUUGAAGAGGAAAAGAGAGGAAACAUUGGUCCUCAGCCUGAGGAAGCUCCUGCUGAGCCUAAACACAGAGUAGGACGACCACCAAAGAAAACAACACUCGUGAGGCAGUUUGCAUUAGCACAGAGAAAAUCACAGAGGAAAUCAUGUUCUAUUACAUCUUUGAAUUCUCAGGAUAUUCCACCACAACAUCAGAAGAUUGAGACUGAGCAUUCACUAGAUUAUAUAGCAAGGCAUGUGUCUGUGUCACUUAGUCGCGUUGAUUCUCAGAGAGGUGGGAGGUCAAGUGGGACUGCUGACAUGAUCUCUAAUGUGAAGUGUGAGGAUAUUGAAAUAGAGCUGGGGGAUUUUAAUUCCCUGGCACAGUCAAAUUGUCUCAUGUCUUUUCAAUGCCACACUGACACCAGUGUGAAGGUUGAGCCCUGUAAUACUAGUUGUGAUGGCACUGAGUUCAAAAGGGCGCUCAAAGUCGACAAACGCAGAGAAACUGCUAGCACUGCUCCCAGAAAGCGAUCCCGGUUCGUUUUUGGAAAAACUAAAUACAAAAAAGGAAAGAGGAAAAGGUGCAUUGAUGCUAGAGGUAGACUCCAAAGUGUGACCUCACGGGGAGAUCCAGACACCAUGUCAAAGCAGGCCGAUGAAGGCAAUGGUGAUGUUGGAAAGGAGAUGGACUGUGGCGAGUUAGCUUGGGAGUAUGAGGGCAACACAAAUGACAGCUUUUCAAAUGGAAGUAAGUCAACAGAUGAAGGAUUUAAAGAUUUGCCUGAGAGUCACCAAAAUCCUAUCAUCACUGAUGUAAACAUAUUAGAAACUAUGUCGCAUGAGUCCUUUUCGAAAUCAGAUGUCAUACAAGGUGAAGAAUUCACAAGUAAGAAAAUCAAGAAAGAGAGAGAUGGUGUAGGCAAUAAAACUGAAUAUAACCCAACAAGCAGUUGUUCGAAGGCUAGGGGUCGACCAAAAGGGAGACCAAAAGGCACAGGGAAAACGUGUGAGUACUGCGGACGCCAUUUUGAUUUUGUUUCUGUAUAUACCGUCCAUCUACGCACUCAUACAGGCGAAAGGCCCUAUAAGUGCAUUGAUUGUGACCAAGACUUUGCCCAGCUAUCUAACCUAAAAAGUCAUAUCAAGAAACAUAACAAGCGCUGUCAGCCUCUGAAGUGUCCUUAUUGCAAAAUUAAGUUCAGUAAUUCAGAGGAAUUGCUUGCUCAUUGCAAGUGGCACUCGCAGAACCCGAACCAGGACUCUGAGUCUGGGAGUAAAACGAAGGAUAACAGAAAUGAGGCCACUCAUACACCCCUUGUUUCUCUGAAAGAAAGGAGAAAAAGGGGAAAGGGGGGAAUACUCAAAUGCCACAUUUGUGGGAAAGUAUUUCCCUUUUGGUCUGGUCUGCAGGUUCAUAUACGUAUGCACACUGGGGAAAAACCAUAUAUCUGUAAAGUAUGUGGGAAAGCCUUUAGUAAUCGCUCAUCAAUUCGUAUUCAUGAGGUGACACACUGGUCCAUUAAGCCUUACAACUGCACAUGGUGUGGAAAGAGUUUCACUCAGUUGUCGUCUGCAAAAAAACAUCCCUGCAAGGGUCUGAGGGAGAGUAAUGACAGAGGGAGCCGGAAGAAGCCUUUCAUAUCUUUUACAUGCCACAUCUGUGAAGAGAGAUUUGUUCAGAGGCGUCAGUACAAAACCCACCUGAAAACCCAUGCUGGUGUGAAGCUCUUUCGCUGUUUAUUCUGUGACCAGCUGUUUAGUGUGAUGUCAGAAUUUGAAGAGCACCACCAAUAUUGCACCAAAGUUAGGGGGGAGAAGAUGACAUCCAAAUCUGAAUUUAGGAUUUGGAAACCUAGAGCCCCUAAUCAGCAAAGAUCGCAGCAACCGAGAGUCAAGAGUAAUUCACCAGUCACCCAAUUAGUAUUUCCUGCAGCUGCUGAUAGUCAACAGUUUCAGAACCUUGGACAGAGUUCAGCUUCCUCUGUCUCGUUGCUGAACUGUGAACCUACCUCACAGCAAAAACAAAGUGGUCGUCUGUCUUCACAAACACAUCCCAAUAAAGCCAUUGCUACAACUCUGCGCCCCUUCCAAACAUGCAUUAUACCCACAAACAAUCUCACCCCACUUGUAUCAAAGUUGAACAGUCUAGAUCGUAACUCUGACCCGAGGAAGUACUUAUGCCCAUGUUGUGGAAGACUUUUCAGACACACAGGGAGACUCCGAGCCCACAUGCUAACUCAUGCCCACAGUCAGAGCUACACCUGUGACUGCUGUGGAAAGACCCUUGAAAGCUGGAAAAAGCUUUGGCUUCACCAGCGAAUCCACAGACAGAAACUAGGACGGUUCUCAUGUCCAAAGUGUCGCCAAGGUUUCCGCUUCGUUGGGCCCUACAAGCAGCACAUCCUGCGAGAACACCCGGAGUACCAGUGGAUCGAUGAGAGACCAAACAAAACCCUCCAAGGACUUGACCAGCAGCAGUGCCUGCCUUAUCAAUGUGAGGAGUGUAACACCAGCUUCAGGACACUAGAUUUGCUUUUCAAUCAUCAGCUUUGCCAUUCCUCACCAGGUGACCACAGUAUGUGGAUACAGGACGACUGCUAUGAUUACUCUCCCUCGACACAUGAACAUGAUGUACCUUCCAACAUGAAUGGUUUUGACCCUCGCAUGAACAGUGGCGUAACACACUCCCAUCAGGAACUCCACCAUACCUACUACCCUUCUCCGCCUCUUCAAGCAAACCACCCACGAGGUUCACAUCUCCUUCAUUACUUUUCCAACCAUUCAGACCUACUACAUUCACUGUCACCCCUUAUACCUGUGCCUCCCCCAAUGCAACACCCAGGUUUCCAACCAGGCCUCCAGUCAUAUGACUCCACCCAGCUGCUCACAAGCCCUCUAUCGCCACUGUACUCACAGGUAGAGACCAUUCCAAACCCUGACAGAAAUGAUGGGAAUGUAAACAGGAAGCGGAGUAGAAUUUAUGGGAAUGCGACUAAACGUGCUGCUAGAUCCAAGGAGGACAAGGCGACAAUGGGGGGUUUGGAUUGUGCGGAGUGUGGUGUUCAGUUUCCUGCUGUCUCACAACUCUAUGAGCAUUAUUUGCAGCAUGCCAGGGGAGAGGUGUAAUAAGUGAAAAUGAGGGACCUUUUUCUAUCACAAAGGUACGUUAUCCACCCCAUCUCUUUCUCAGAGGUUUAUCAGUUUAGAAAUGACUUAUAGGUCAACUAACAAAAGCAGCAUUUUUAACACAUAAGGGGUUGUUUUAUUGAUGUGAUUGAGUGAAUAUUCUGUUGAAUGGAGAUUGUUACUCUGGUUGCUUGAUGGUCAUUACGGAAGCUGAUUACUUUUGGUUGUUAUUUGAAUUACUUACACUAUGAUCAAUUUUAAGUUGACAGUAUUUUCUUUUUCUUUGGCGGGUGUCACUUAAUCUGAAAAGAUGGUCAGUGCUUUUAUACAUUUGUAGCUGUAGCAGGUUUUGAGACGAGGACAGAUCAUGGCCUGCAAUCUAUUUUUCAAUGGAAGUUUGAGUGUAAAUUCCAAUGCUUGAUCAUUGAACAUUGUCAUACCUCUUUUUGUCAUUGUUAACCUCUUACUGUUAGACUCUGAUUCUCAACUGAUAAAAAAUAAUGUUGUAAUUUAGCCUACCAAUACAAGUGAUUAACAUACAUUUUUAUUCUGUCCAUUUAUUUAAAAGAAAAUUUGAAACCUCAUGUUUUGCAAGCUAGUCAUUUAUUCUAUGGUUAAGUGUUGAUUUGUAACUUAUGCAAGAAAAAUAUUUUCACUGCCAAUACUCUAGUCGUUUUACCUAAUAGGCCUACAUUCCCUCAUGUUUACAGAAAGUUAUUUUGUUUAGAAAAGCAGUUCCUGUUCUGUUGCUGAUGAACUGACAGCUGUUUACAUACUGUAUAUUUUACUUUCUAGUUUCACUCAGUUAUUGUGUCAGAUAAGAAUAAAAGCCACCUUUCUAAUGUUGUGCUUAUUUAAUUACAGACAUAGCCUCGCACAAGUACAUAUGUGGUCCCGUGUGGCUCAGUUGCACAAGUACAUAUGUGGUCCCGUGUGGCUCAGUUGGUAGAGCAUGGCGCUUGCAACGCCAGGGUUGUGGGUUCAAUUCCCACGGGGGGACCAGGAUGAAUAUGUAUGAACUUUCCAAUUUGUAAGUCGCUCUGGAUAAGAGCGUCUGCUAAAUGACUUAAAUGUAAAUAUGUAGGCCAACAGGACACAUGUCAUGUGGGAUUCACUUACUGGUUCAAAUUAUUUUGUUGUAGAAUGCCCUUUUGAAGAAACUGCUCUCAUGGAAGUAUUGAAUGGUAUUGUCGUUUGCUCACUGUGGAGAACAAACUAACUUUCCCCAGGUGAUGGGGAGUCAAUGUAAGAUUCAACAUUUUUGAAGACUUUAACUUCAGAUUGUGUUAUCGACUACAUUUUAAUUUUCAGACAUAUGUGAGACUAAUUUAAAUUGUUAUUAAAUGUAAUUACUUUUCAGUGAUUGAAUUUUUUUUGCGCCCUUAUGUAUAGUGUGAAAUUGUGAUAAAGCUUUAUUAUAAUUGUGAAUCGCCGCUAAUAGUUUGUUACGGUUGCAGACGACAGAAUGGGGCGUGAUCCAAAUGGGCGGCAGUAAGUCACGCCACGGUCAAAGCAUUGGGCAAAAAAAAAAUAAUAUUCUCAAUCUCAUCAUCGGAUGCGCACCGGUUGACAUCAAACAUGGAGAACAUGCAUAUAAUUUAGUUAUAAUGCAAAUAUGUUUAUUCUACUGCAAACAAGAGAUGUAGUUCACCGGUAUCUUUGAAGUAUUUUACACCCGUGCACUAAACCGCAAGGGACAGAGGAUCCAUUGAAUCUUGAGGAGCAGCCAAGAAUACAAUAGGAUGGAGACAUGUGGUAAAGGAGGGACAUUGGAUGGUGACAUGCUGAUGGUCAUCGUUAAACAAGAGGAAGACCAUAUGGAGCAGAUGUCCAAUGGUCCACUGUCAUCUGACACGCUCAUCAAACAGGAGCAAGAAGAGGGCCUAGAACAAGGCACUACAGCUCCAGGCGACCAACUCCCUGAGGAAACAGACACCCUGGAAGAAGCAGAGGAAGAGAAAAAUGGGAAGGGAAAGACCGAAGAGAGGUGCUGGUCUGCUGUUGAGACUGAUGAUGUUUCUGGGUCAGACUCCAGUUGGUGCUGCAGACUGUGUCAGCGCUGCUUCAGUUCCUCCUGGCAGCUAACGGGACACUGUUGUACUGGCAUCGCGGGGGAGGACGGGGUCGCCCACGGCCACAAGGUCAAACUGGAGUUCCGGUGCCCAGUGUGUGGCGACCGCUUCCUCCGCCCCACAGCCUUCAUCAUGCACAAGCGCAGCCACAUGGGCCAGUCCCAGUACGUCUGUGGGGUCUGUGGACGGACACUCAAGAGCCUGCGCAAGCUGGCCUCCCACAAGCGCUCACACUCCCGUCGCCGCGGGACUGUGGCUGAACGACAGCAGUGCCAUGACUGCAGCCAGAGCUUCUGCAACUUGACAGCACUCAGAAAACACCGGGAGAGACAGCACAGAGAGGAGAGGAAUUGGAAAGAUGAGGAGGACAGGGCAGUGAGAGAGGAAGAGGAGGGAAGCACUGCAGUAAUCUCUAAUGAUUCAACCAGAGUUUCAGCCCAGCCUCCCCAGUCUCCUCAGUGCCACCAGUGUUUCAUGACCUUUCAGGAUGCAGAGACAGAAGAGAGGCAUUUACGCUUCAAGCACCCAGUAGAGUAUGAGAGACAUCUCAGAGGUCGCACAGUGUUUGCCUGCUGUGUCUGCGUCCGUACGUUCCCCUCCUCCCGCCUGCUAUCAGCUCACCAACGCACCCACAGCAAGUGGGGUCUGCCCACCACUGGACCAGAAGACUCUGUCCAAGAAAGCACAGACGGAGGAGAGGCUGAGGGUAUGGACAAUGAAAAAAACAGAGCUGGUCCAACGAGCUGUGAGCACUGUCAUAUCAUCUUCAAUGACCCUCGAACCUGGGAACGUCACAUGACGGCCAAGCACCCCCCAUCCCUGUCGACACCUACUUCGCCAGGGAAUGCCUACCUGGCUUCCAGACCUGCCAGGGGUCAACUACGACCCUAUCGCUGCUCCUCCUGUGGAGAGAGAUUCAUACAGGAAAGCACCCUGACCAAACACUGCACCGAGGCACACGCCAGCUGAGAGAGGAUGGUUCUGGGAGCAUAGAUACCAAGAUGAAGAGGACAAGAGGCAAGUUGGAGUGAUAUAUAUAUAGGAUUGUUUUCCAGGAGUGCCUUGACUAACUACACUGCUCAAAAAAAUAAAGGGAACACUUAAACAACACAAUGUAACUCCAAGUCAAUCACACUUCUGUGAAAUCAAACUGUCCCCUUAGGAAGCAACACUGAUUGACAAUACAUUUCACAUGCUGUUGUGCAAAUGGAAUAGACAAAAGGUGGAAAUUAUAGGCAAUUAACAAGACACCCGCCAAAACAGGAGUGAUUCUGCAGGUGGUGACCACAGACCACUUCUCAGUUCAUAUGCUUCCUGGCUGAUGUUUUGGUCACUUUUGAAUGCUGGCAGUGCUUUCACUCUAGUGGUAGCAUGAGACGGAGUCUACAACCCACACAAGUGGCUCAGGUAGUGCAGUUCAUCCAGGAUGGCACAUCAAUGCGAACUGUGGCAAAAAGGUUUGCUGUGUCUGUCAGCGUAGUGUCCAGAGCAUGCAGGCGCUACCAGGAGACAGGCCAGUACAUCAGGAGACGUGGAGGAGGCCGUAAGAGGGCAACAACCCAGCAGCAGGACCGGUACCUCCGCCUUAGUGCAAGGAGGUGCACUGCCAGAGCCCUGCAAAAUGACCUCCAGCAGGCCACAAAUGUGCAGUUGUUUAACGAAGAAAUUACGUGUCACUUAUGAGAUUUAUACUAUAAUUUCAUUGUAGGUCUUAGUGUCAACCCUUAUGUCAACUUUCUCCAACACCAACAGAAUCCUCACAAAAUUAAUUUUGAAUUAAUAUCUCUUCUAGGGCUGUGACGAUACCAGUAUCGCAAUAUGUUUUCCAUGCCAAAAAUGAAAACGCGAAGCAGACCAGACUCUGGUCCUUUUCUUUUCAAGCUAUAGCUUUGAAAAUAAAUACAUGUGAUUCUGGAUAAAAACAUAAUGAUGUUUGUUUCCAACUUCAAGGCUGUUUCCCCAAAGAAGUUAAAUCCACUUUGUGUUUUGUUUCCUUGCCACGAUACUGGUAUCGUCCCGGCCCUAACAACUUGAAAAACACGAGUGUCAAAAUGGAGUAGUUUUCAAAAUAAAAGCAUGACCAUAUUUAUUAGAGAUUCACAUAAAAAAAAAAAUAGUAAUUCAUCUGUGCCAUGAAUAAAGAUAGAAACAGACCAAA